AUGAGAGCAAAAAAAGCUGGUAAAAAUUUAAUAAUAAUUAUUAUAUUUUUCCCCAAAAUUUUCUUUAAAGCAAAACAUAUUGCUAAAGAAAUGUUACAACUUUGUGAAAUAAUUGAAGAAUAUGGAAAUAAAAUAAAAGGAGAAAAUGGAAUUAAUUAUAAAAUAAUUACUUUUGGCUAUUUAUUUAAUAUUUAUGAAUAUAUUUCUGAUAAGGUUGUUGGAAUUUUACUUCGAGCAAGAAAACAUAAAAUGGUUGAUUUUGAAGGGGAAAUGCUUUUUCAAAGAAGAGAUGAAAAUAAAAUAAUUAAAUUACUUUUAAGUCGUGAAAAUAUUGAAAAAUAUUUAAAAGAAUUGGAAAUUAAUUAA